AUGGCUACUGGAAGUAAAUCCUUGAUUGUUGCCGCUUUCGACUUCGGGACCACCUACAGUGGAUAUGCAUUCUCCUUCAAAGACUCUCCAAAUGACGUCAAAACUAACAGGAAUUGGAAUGCCGGAUCUGGUCAACUUAUCUCACUUAAAACACCCACAAGUGUUCUUCUCAAUCAGAAUGGUGAGUUCGACUCGUUUGGAUUCGAUGCCGAGGAUAAGUAUUCGUCUUUGGCAGGAGAUGGAAAACACCAUGAUUGGAGACUGUUUAGAAGAUUUAAGAUGGUUCUGCACAAUCAGAAGUGUAUUUCCCGCUCAGCAACAGUGGAAGAUUUGGAAGGUAAAACUUUCCUAGCCAAACCGAUAUUUACGAUGUCGCUCAAGUAUCUACAGAAACACCUGUUGGACGCUUUGAGUAUGAGUAAAAUUGGGACGAAAGAAACUGACAUCAAAUACAUAAUUACCGUACCAGCUAUCUGGGGCAUCGCUGCCAAACAGUUCAUGAGAGAAGCAGCGAUUGAGGCUGGUAUCGAUGGCGACCGACUAAAAUUGGCCCUGGAACCCGAGGCAGCUGCUGUUUGUUGUGAGGCCCUCGGUCACACGUUAGCGGGAAAAAAAUUCAUGGUCGUCGACUUAGGAGGUGGCACUGCUGACAUAUCUGUCCACGAGAAACAAAGAGAUGGGUCACUGAAGAAUAUUCACGCCCCAAGCGGCGGUCCAUGGGGUGGAAUAUAUGUUGAUGCAAAUUUUACAAAGUUUAUGACAGAAAUAUUUGGUUCAGUUGCCAUAACUGCCUUGCAAAGUAACGAAAUGUAUGAUUACUUUGAUAUGAUUCGUGACUUUGAGGUAAAAAAGAGGAAAUUCGAGUUAAAUUCUCAAAGCGACAUCACAUUUCGAAUCCCAGUUGCACUGAAGGAAAUUACUGAGAGGCAUUUUCAUCAGUCUUUAUCAGACCGACUGGCAUCGUUGAAAUACGGUAAACAAGUUGUCACGAGAGGAAGAGAUAAGCUUGGUGUCGACUCGUCAAUCAUGCAAAGUUGGUUCACUGAUCCGGUUUCCAAAACGGUGAAUCACAUGAGCAGUGUUUUUAAAGAAGAGCGAAUGAAAGAUGUUGGUCUUAUCGUCUUAGUUGGCGGGUUUGCGGAGAGUCCAUACGUUCAGCAGAUGAUUAAGGAAGAACUACCUGGGAAACAGCUGAUCAUUCCUGGGGAGGCGGGUCUGGCCGUGCUGAAGGGAGCCGUGAUGUUUGGACAUAAGCCAGACAUAAUGUCAUCCAGGGUUAUGGAUUACACGUAUGGGGUUGGUAUAUCGAAUAUAUUUGAUGAGAAAAUACAUCCUGUUGAAAGGAGAGAAGACAUAAAUGGGAUUUGGAUAGUCCUCAACUGUUUCCAGAUAUUUGUAAGAUUUAAUCAAGAGGUGCAAUUUGAUUCCAAGGUGACACAUUUAAGCUACCCUGUAACUAAACGUAGUAAAAUUGGGAUAUUCAGGACAAAAGACAGGGAUCCGGAAUACACAACAGAUCCUGGAUGUGAACAACUUGGUGUAAUUGAAAUGGACAACGACGAACAGAUUCCACUGGAAGAACAGGAAACUAAGACAACGUUUAUGUUUGGAGACACCGAGUUGCGUGUAGUGUGUGAGACUUUGACUGGCAAAGUAGAUACAUUAACACUUGCCUUGACCAAAUAA